AUGCUCCGAACAGGAAGUAGACAGCUAUGCAGAAGCUGUGUACGACACCUGACACGUGCCCGCAGAGUCUCGCCUGCUGCUUCCACCUCUUCAAUUGUGUCCACACCUCAUUCCAGUAGCUUCAACGCAAUCCGCUCUUACGCUUCAUCGUUCUCAGAACAACCUUCGAACCCAAGUCCACCUAAAAGACCAUCUCCAUAUCGCCUUCUGCAACCUCACAAAUUCUUAUCUCAAUUCGCACCUUUGCAUAUCUCAGGAUGGAGGCUGGACAGUAUCGCUCAGCAGGAAAGACUCAUUAAUCCACUUUUGGCAGUCGACGAAGCGCUUGAUGUGGAAGGUGGAGAUUUGCAGGAUAGGAGGUUGGUCAGAGUGUUCACGAUGGGAGAUGGGAAGGAGGGGUGGAAGGAUGCUAUGAGUUUUGUUCAGAAGGCAGGAGAGAUCAUCGAGGAAGAGGACCAUCAUCCCACCAUCCUCAUCACCCCUUCAUCAGACUACAUACCCUCAUCCACCUCCCUGCAAAAUACUGGCAAAGAGAACAACGGAUAUAUAAUAGAGAUAUCCACACAUACACAUACACCAUUGCCUCCGUAUCCUCUUCCAACCAAGAACCCCGCGCACAAGAUGAGACCCGGAGUGACAGGCAAGGAUAUACGUCUUGCGGAGAGGUUGGAGGAAGCUUGGGAGGGGGUGAUGGGUGGGAAACAAAAGGUGGAAAUGAAGAAGGAGUGA